CGAGUGCAUAAAAUAAUCGCUUUAGAUUUCGACAAAUUAGUUCGUCCACGAUGUUCCGCUUCGUCUAAACUCAUUCCCAUUCAUUUCAAUUAAAUUGUGUGUCGGCUAACAAAGUAUCUUUUGAAUGCGAUUAUCAACAGACAGAUUAGUUGAACCUUUAGAUACGAGGGCAGCAUCUUAGUUUAAUUUAUUAUUUAGCGGUAUCGUCUUGAGAAACUAACAGCUUAGUUCAUCGCGAAUAAUUCGACCAGAAAGUAUGGCUAAAUAUUGUGACGUUUUUUCAAUUUGUGUGUUCGGCCUUGUAGUUUUAAUUAUGGGGUCGAUAUGCAUCUGGACGUGCAGUUCACACAUAUCAACUACGGAGACUGAAGAUUUGAGUUAUUUGGAAGCGGACAGUGAAUAUUUAAAGAAUUCGGAAGCGGAAGGAGAAUUGAUUUUUGUCCAUGUGCUUUAUCGGCACGGUGAUCGAAAUCCAGUUAAUGCCACACCAGGUAGUAGUUACACUGAUCUGUCCUACUGGCCAGAAGGAUGGGGACAAUUGACUGCUUUGGGAAAGCAACAAGGGUAUGCGUUGGGGCUGUGGUUGCGACGCAGAUACAAUAAAUAUAUCAGUAAUGAAUACGAUGGAAGUGAAAUUUAUGUGAGAUCAUCCGAUGUGGAUCGCACUAUAAUGAGCGCCCAAAGUGUAUUGGCAGCAAUGUAUCCACCGCGAGGGAAACUGAUUUGGAAGAGAAAUUUGCUGUGGCAACCGAUACCCGUACAUACUGUACCAGCAAAUUUGGAUUAUUUGGUUGCAGCAGUAAUACCUAAUUGCACGUCGUAUUUAAAUGCGACCAAACGGUACCUCGCUUCGGAUGAGAUGAAAGAUUAUCUAAAAUCGAUUCAGCCGAUUUUCGACAAUUUCACGUUACAUACUGGAGAAAUCAUCAAUACCUUAUACCAAGUGUCAGUCAUGCGUGAUGCAUGGCAUUGUGAGACCACUCAUAAUUAUACAAUUCCGGAAUGGGCGGCAAAUUAUUACCCGAAUAAUGAUGAUAUCGACCAAGUAUCCAUCAGAUUUUACAGUCAGUUCACUGGAACGAAGUUCAUGUCCAGAUAUGCCAGCGGAUUCUUGCUCAAGGACAUCCUAGAUCGGUUCAAAUCGAAAUCAAACAAUACACUGACACCGAACCGAAAAAUGUGGAUGUUCAGCUCGCAUGAUCUGACUCUGUUCAGCUUUUUACGCUCAUUAGACCUUUCAGAUAACCAGUUGGUCCCGUAUGUCUCAACUAUAAUUUUGGAAAUGCGAAAGCGUGACGACGAAUAUUACGUUCAGAUAUUUUAUAAAACCUCAGACAAAACGCCAGAACCAAUUCAGAUCCCUGGAUGUGGAACACAGUGUCCGUUAUCGAAAAUGUACGAAAUCUAUGACCAUAUCAUACCGAAGAAACAAUUUGAUGAUGAAUGUGAGAUACCGGAACAGACGGAUCAGUUAUAAGUUAGGUAAAUUUGUGCAUUUUUUAUUAUUAUUUAUUAUACCGGCUCGAUUAAACAUCACUUUUGUAUCAUAAAA